AUGGUGCCAAAGACUAUUAUAGUGACCGGAGCAUCGCGAGGGCUUGGCCUUGCCAUGGCUAAGUAUCUCCUGUCGGCCCCCCAACGCAAUAACGUCGUGGCCGUGGCGCGUAGUCUCGAACCGCUUCAGAAGCUGAAAAGCCAAUUUGAUGAUCAAGUACAGAUCCUGGCUGGGGAUUUGCGUCUUCCCUCAACUGCUCAAGAUGCUGUUGCCAUUGCUUUGCAAUCCUUCGGAGCAAUUGACGGCCUAAUCCUCAAUCACGGGGUCCUUGGUCAAAUUGGCAACAUUUCUGUGGCCGAGGUAGACCAGUGGAAACAAGGAUUUGAGAUCAACUUCUUCAGCUCAGUCAAUUUUAUCAAAGUAGCUCUUCCGGCUCUUCGGGAAUCUAAGGGCCGAAUUGUCUUCACCUCUUCCGGUGCAGUGACUUCUGCCUCUAGGGGCUGGGCCAUGUAUGCAGCGACCAAAGCUGCGAUCAAUAAUUUGACGCAGAGUCUGGGUGCUGAGGAGUCCGAUGUUAUCUGCCUGGCCAUUGAGCCAGGCAUGGUCAAUACGGAAAUGCAGCGUGAGCUUCGAGAAGAACAUAUUAGCAGCCUGGAUGCCGAAAUGCAUUCUAAAUUCACAUCAGUGCACCAAACCAGCGAUCUUCUUGAGCCCGAACAACCUGGUCACGUGAUGGCAAGAUUGGCUCUUGGUGCGCCAAGAUCUCUCAGCGGACAGUUCUUAUCGUGGAACGAUCCUGCACUGCAACAAUUCUCGGACUGA